AUGCCAUUGGAACAUCGUAUCCUCGCCCUGGUCUACCAUGACUUCGAAGCCUUGGACCUAUUCGGGCCACUAGGGGCUAUAGUUUCCCGCAGUGAUUACUAUACCUUGGAGCUAGUCAAUGUGCACAAUCUAGAAGCUCCGCAGGGCCUUGAGUGCUCUAUCAAAAACAGCGUCAGAGUGGUUCCCAAUCUAUCGAUCGCGGAUGCCCUCAAAGAUCCCGAACCCUUCGACACCUUGUUCAUCCCUGGAGGUCUGAGCAUGAUCCACCUACUAGAUGAUCCCAUGCUGCUUAAAAAGAUCGGUCAGCUGGUGGAUCGUGCCCGCAAUGUUUUCACCGUGUGUACGGGGUCGUUGAUUCUCGCUGCGACGGGCCGAUUGAAUGGACGCGAGGCAACUUGCAACAAGCGGGUAUUUGAUGAAAUGACACCAAAGUAUCCCGACGUCAAGUGGAAAAGACAAGGACGGUGGGUGGAAGAUGGCAAGUUCUUGACAUCGUCCGGCAUUACUGCUGGGCUUGAUGCUGGCUUCGCUUUCCUCGCCAAGACAUAUCUUGCUCCUGAAAAUCGCUCUGACGAGGUCAUACUACCGAGUAAGAAUGGGGAUGAAGUUGUUUUGCCUAAAUUUGACAAGAAAAAGGCUCAGGAACAUGCUCGGUUCGUUGCGUGGACCCUGGAGUAUAAAUGGAACGAGGAUUCCUCUGACGACCCUUUCGCUGGGAAACCUGUUUCGAAAACUGCCUUGCAUUAUGUGUGA